ACUCACUAUUUUUAUAGUAAAGGUUCAUAUACUGCAUUUUUAUAAUGAACUUAAUAUUUUCUAUAUUCUUAAUUAGAACAGUGGAUGGACCAUUUUUGCAAGUACCACAGGUACGUAGAAGUGGCCUCCAAAAAUGCUUUGACUAUUCAACUAAUUUUUUCAGGCCACCAGUCCACCAGGGGUCCACGGCGCGCCAUUAGCGAACCGCGACCUAUUCGCCGUCGCCAAUCGCCAAUCGCCAAUCUCCUCUCCAUCUCGACAUCCGCAGGGCGUUCGACGAAAUGCGACGCAAACGCCUUGCGGCGCGCGCCCAUGUGGCCAGGCGUCUCCCCCCCGCACGCUCCUCCUCAUCCGGCCUCGCGAGCGCGCGAGGGAGACGUCGCUGUGCCAGCGCGAGGCGGACGUCACCUCACCUCCCCGCCCCGCGUAGCUUUUCUGACCCGGAUGCUACGCUGCGUCUCCACUACUCCGCCUCCCGCCCUGCCGUCCAUGUCACGCCUCGGCUCCUUCCUUUCGCCUCCCGACUCCUGCCUGCUGCCCCUUGUCCUCUUCCCCACCUCCUCCGGAAUCUGGCCGCGCACCUACUCGUCGCCCUCUCGUUUUCCCGUCUCCGCUUUCUUUAUCCUGCGGGCGGAGCGGGUAGGGUGGGGCGGUCGUUGCUCUCGGAUCAAGAGAAAGGGAGGAAAAAAAAACAGCGCUUUCUUUCUGUGGCCGGCGGUUCGCCCGUCGCUCACUGGCUGAAGCGGCUGCACCCGCGCCCUCUUGCUGUGUGGCCACUGGCCAAGCGGGACACGGAACUCGAGCUCCGUUUGGGGAUUCCGGAUCACUUCGAGGUCACGAGGCUAAAGGGAUUCUGAUCAUCACUUAAGCUCAAGAUCAUGAGUUGGUUAAACAAAAUUUUUAAGGGUUCAGUAAACAGAGUUUCAAGGGGUCACUAUGAUGGAGACUGGCAUGAAGGUCAUUCAUCUGAUCACACCAGAGAUACUUACGAUGACAGUGAUAAUGAAGAUAUAGAUCGUGCCAUUGCAUUAUCGCUAGCUGAGGAAGAUCAUAAUAAGGGAAAGUCGGUGGCUAUUGAUACUGACUAUAAUCUGGAGGAAGAUGAACAACUUGCACGGGCUCUGCAGGAAAGCCUGAAUGCAGAGUCUCCUCCUCGACAGAAUGUUCCUAUUGAGGAUGUGCCAGUGCCUCAAUGGAAUAUUCCUGUUGAGCGGGUGCCUCCUCGACAGUAUGUUCCAGCAAAUGAACCAACCCCACAUGUUUACCCACGGGGUGGAUCCAGGAUUUGUGCUGGAUGCCAAAACCCAAUUGGCCAUGGACGUUUCCUUAGUUGUAUGGAUUCAGUUUGGCAUCCUCAAUGCUUCAGAUGUUUUGCUUGCAACAAACCCAUAUCAGAGUAUGAGUUUGCUAUGCAUGAUGAUCAGCCAUACCACAAAUCCUGCUACAAAGAGUUUUUUCAUCCGAAAUGCGAUGUUUGCAACAACUUUAUUCCAACAAAUAGAGAUGGCCUCAUUGAAUACCGAGCACAUCCUUUCUGGAUGCAGAAGUACUGUCCUUCCCAUGAAGAUGAUGGCACUCCUCGGUGCUGCAGUUGUGAACGAAUGGAGCCAAGGGAGAUCAAGUACAUAACAUUAGAUGAUGGGAGGAAACUCUGCUUGGAAUGUCUCAAUUCUGCAGUAAUGGAUUCUCCAGAAUGUCAACAUCUUUACAUGGAUAUUCAGGAAUUUUUUGAAGGUUUGAACAUGAAAGUAGAACAGCAAAUUCCAUUACUUUUGGUUGAGAGGCAGGCUCUUAAUGAAGCCUUGGAAGCCGAGAAAAAUGGGCACCACCUACCGGAAACCAGAGGUCUAUGCCUUUCUGAGGAGCAAGUUGUUAGAACGAUCUUAAAAAGACCACAGAUUGGACCAGGAAACAGAAUCUUAGAUAUGAUUAUAGGACCAUACAAGCUGUCUCGGCGGUGUGAAGUGACUGCAAUCCUUAUAUUAUAUGGUCUGCCAAGAUUACAAACUGGUUCCAUUCUUGCCCAUGAGAUGAUGCAUGCAUAUCUUCGUCUCAAAGGAUUCCGAAACCUUAGUAUUGAGGUUGAAGAAGGCAUCUGCCAAGUUCUAUCCCACCUGUGGUUAGAGUCGGAAAUCAUCGCUGGUUCUAGUAGCAACGUUGCAUCCAGUUCAGAAGCAUCAUCAUCUUCGUCAUCCUCAGCUCCUACCUCUUCAAAGAAGGGUGCGAAGACCGAAUUCGAGAAGAAGCUUGGGGCAUUCAUCAAGCACCAGAUCGAAACGGAUUCUUCCGAGGCAUACGGAGGUGGUUUUAGAGCUGGCUAUCCGGCUGUUGAGCGCUAUGGCUUGAAAAGAACCCUUGAUCAUAUGAAGUUGACAGGGUCUUUCCCAUAUUAAAGCAACAGAAGUAAAGGAGGGGGCUUUCUUCCAGUUGUGAGGAUACACUCCACAUUGGAGGUUUUGGUUUGGGUUAUACAUAACUGAUAUGCAUACCAAACGAGGGGAAUUGUCUGUAAAUCAGGAGAACCCUCUGCUGCGCGGAAACUUAUUGCAAACUGUCUUUUUAUAGGAAAACGAUACAUGCAAGUUUUCAGACAGGGAACUUGAGAGGAUCAUAUGUAAUUUUUGGGCACUUGUUUUUGACUCCUUUGGUUAUCAAAAACAAGGCAACAUAAUAAGAUUGAAAUUUAUCUUCAUCUUUAAAUU